AUGUUUAGACAUCGGAAGUUCAGAAUAGGUCCUCAGACAUUCGAAACUCCUACCAGCUGCCGUGGAUGGUUGAUGCAAGGCAGCAAGAUGCAGGAGUGUUUACAGUUCCCGUCGCUUAAGGCCGUGUUCGUUGUGGCAGUAGUGCAGACUAAGUCUCAGGAAGCCUCGACUCUAUCCCAACGUCUCCCGGAGGGAUUAGCCUUCGGCAAGGAAACCGCUGGCUCAAAGAUUCCCUUGCUGGGGCGACUGAGCGAGACUAAGGGUUACAUGGCACAUGCUACCCUCGCGGCAAGUCCAUCCGUCAGCCAUGAGAGGACCAAUAAGGACAAUGUGUCUUCAGCAGGCCUCUGGUUCAGUGAAGCUGACUCGGGAUGCCUUACUGGUUCUGACCGGUUACACUGCGCCCAACGAAAGCUCAUUCUGGAACAGUACGAGUAUGGAAAGGCCGGUAUUGGCUCGCUGUACUGGGACACGACCGAUGGCGUGACAACUUAUAUGAAUAAGCCUCUCAGCUGA